AUGUUCGGUGUUGCCCAGUGAUUGACGAUUUAUUGUUUCGUUUGGAGAAGUUUAUACCCAUAAAAGAAGUUGUCUUGUAAUGGCGGACUGUCCAGAUACAGCAUCCGUUCCUCCCUUGGGAAAAGGGGACAAUCUUCAUCAGCAAGUCUUGGCUUCCUUCCCACUAUGCCAAAUGACAGAAGAGGACCUCGCUCAAAACCCGCUUUUCUGUAACCUCUUGGCGGAACUGUCCAAGCAUGUGGACCACACCGGGCUGACAGUGGCCCUGAAGAAAGAACUGGAAAAGGCUGAGAGAGACCUCCAAGCGCAGAGACUGCGCUGGCUGCAGUCAGAGAGCCUGAACCGGCUGCUGCAGGAGAUGAUCCAGGACCACUGUGUCAGAAAACACCGCAGUGGCACCUCAUCCGAGGAUGACAAGUUUUAUGACACCCUGGAGCGUUGUCUUCUGGUGGCCCAGUGUGUGAGGCAGCUAGACCCCAGCAGCACCACGAGCCAAGACCAGCCUCUCCUGCUGGGAUUGUCUGCUCAGCACGUGCUGGACCUCAUGCCCCCUGAGCAGGAUGUGCGUCGAAUGAAGCAGAGACUGUUGAUGGAGCUGGAAGGGCAUUUGAAAAAGAAGUGUUUUAACAUUCUUACAUACUACCAGCCUGAUUGGGAGGACGAGAGUGAGGGGCUGAAAAGCAUGAAGUUGUCGCAGCUGCCAGAGAUCCUUGAGAGCGAAAGCAAGAGAGCAGAUGCCUUGGAGGAGAGAACCAGGGAGGGCGCCGCCCUGCUGCAGCGGCAGACUCACUGCUAUCUCUCUGAGGUGAUGGGCUGCAUCCAGAUCUUACAGUCACUCAUCUUGGAUUAUCGGCUGAAAGCCCAGAGAGAUCUGGACAAGAAGAAAGUGGAGUAUCUGGAAGCUAAGUGCAAGCUAUUGUGCUGUAAGAUCAGAGUUGAGAUGCUGCGGCUUCAGGUAGAUAUCUAUACAACAGAGAAAAUAAGCGCCCACCGCGUAAUCAGGAAUAAACUGGACGUGGAGCUAAAGGCCGCCCAGGCCGAGAAGCAGACAGCGGAGUCCACGCUGUCAUCCUUCGAGAUCCUGGGCCAGGAGUUCGAGGCUUUGGUGGAGCAGUACUCGCAGCUCCGGCUAGAGAUCGAGAACAAGCGCUGGGCCCUAGAGGAGUUCUCCAAGCACAGUCACUGAAAGAAUUGCUCUGCACCUGGACUGAAAUGAACAAACCCGCUGUUUGUGCUGAAAUAAAUAGAAUAUGCUGCAUAGAUGUACCUUUUUAUGUUGUCACUGCUAUAAAUGUGUAGUGCUAGAUUUCUAGGCAACUAGUGACUUAAUCAUUCAGUCAGUAUGAAAUUUGCAUCUUUUUCUUCAAAAUAGAGGCGGCUGUCUUCAUUAUUGAAUGGUCAUAAUUAGCUGUUUCAUUUGGCUCUGCUGAGAUCCCAUGGCAGGGUAUAUAUAUAUGAUUAAGAAUUUUGUCUUGGUUUCAAAUGAAGCCAAAUUACGGCACACGAUAGUCAUAUACAGUAUUUGAGCCAGAUGUACUGCACAAUGAACAGUUUCUUAGCGUAAUUCCACAACUGCAGUGACUGGUCAAGCUAGUUUUCCAAGUACAGUAUUAGGUAACGUGUAUCGCCUGUGCAAGAAGAUGGGAUGACUUGGACAUUACAAGUUAAUGGCAACUCUAAAAUGACAAUGUGGAAAUAAUUAUGAAUUGUGAAACAUAUAUAAUUUGCAUAAUAAAAAUAACUGGUGACAAGUGUCA